CGUGUUGAUUAAAAAACAGUCGAAAGGAUGGCGGACUGCGACAGCGAAGAGAUAGCGGUGAUCGGAAACACCGACCUAACUGCUGCUGAGUUGGAGAAUAACAAAAACAACACGAUGGCGGAGGCGGGGACAACGCUCUUGAGAAGGAUGGAGAUAAGCGUUGCCGAGGCGGAGAAGAGAACGGGGAAGAACGCGGUAAACAUGCAGGAGACUUACACCGUUUAUCUUGUAGAAACACGGCCCAUUGAUGCAGCAGAGGGCCAAAACCCCGCCCCUGAUUCCCUCUGGAGGCGGUACAGUGAAUUUGAACUUCUGAGAAACUAUUUAUUAGUCACCUAUCCAUUCAUCGUGGUGCCUCCUCUACCUGAGAAGAGGGCGGAAUUCGUGUGGCACAAGUUGUCAGCAGACAACAUGGACCCGGACUUCGUGGAGCGGCGGAGGGCAGGGUUGGAGAACUUCCUGCUCCGCGUGGCCUCCCACCCCAUCCUGUCCAACGACAAGAUCUUCCAUCACUUCCUGGCUGAGGAGCACGGAUGGAAGGAAGCAGUGUUUGAGACAGGAUUUCAGGCAAAGGCCGACUCCAGGUUGAAAGCUCUGAAUGCAACCUUCAGGGUAAAGAAUCCUGACAAGCGGUUCACAGAACUGAAACACUACAGCGACGAACUCCAGUCUGUGACAUCUCAGCUACUGAGAGUGCGAGCCAGAGUGGCAGAUCGCCUGUACGGUGUCUACAAAGUGCAUGGGAAUUAUGGAAGAGUCUUCAGUGAAUGGAGCGCCAUAGAGAAGGAAAUGGGGGAUGGACUGCAGAGUGCUGGCCACCACAUGGAUGCGUACGCCACCUCAGUGGAUGAUAUCCUGGAGGAAGAGGAACACUACGCAGACCAGCUGAAAGAGUACCUCUUCUAUGCUGAAGCGUUGAGGGCGGUGUGCAGGAAACAUGAGCUGAUGCAGUAUGAGCUGGAGACAGCUGCCCAGGACCUGGCCUCCAAGAAGCAGCAACGGGAGGAGCUGGCCACUGGGACUAUCCGGACCUUCUCCCUUAAAGGCAUGACCAGUAAGCUGUUUGGCCAGGAGACUCCAGAGCAGAGAGAGGCCAAGCUUAGUGUCCUGGAGGAGCAGAUUGCUGAAGGGGAGGAGCUUGUCAAAGAAAAAAAUGCAGAGUGCGAGGAAUACGUGAAGAACGCCUGGGUGGACAUUGAACGCUUCAAAGAGCAGAAGGACAGAGACUUAAAGGAGGCUCUGAUCAGCUACGCCAUCAUGCAGAUCAGUGUGUGUAAGAAGGGAAUUCAAGUCUGGACCAAUGCAAAGGAAUGUUUCAGCAAGAUGUGAAGCUCUGGUCCUAACCCAAGCCCAGGACAUGCAGACAAGCACAAGACCGAGGACCUGGGCCAGAACAGAAUCGCCUUCGUCAUGGAAACUCACUCCGCAGAGACCAGACGAGAAAGCUUGCUGGAGUUCCCAUGGGAACGUUUGUGAUUUAAAAAGGAAACGGCACAGAUUUUUUAUAUAUACUGUGACAUCAUAACUGCACAGAAAAAAUGGGAUCAACAAAUGGAAUUUUUUUUUUCUACUUUUUUCAUUUCUUUAUUUUUUUUCAGUCAUUUAUUCUGUGUAAGGCUCUGUGGUUCUAAUCCAUUUUUACACUGCGUGCAAUAUUUUACCACAAGCAUUUUGAGUUUGGCAUGAUUUAUUCUUGAUGCUCUUCCAAAGCCUUUUUAUUAAUGCUUUAACUGUUGUGUAUGCAGGGUUUUUUUAAAGUCUGAACAUUAUAGCAUCCCUCAGCCAUAAUUAACUUUUUCUGCUUAGAGCCUCAUCUAGAUUAGACAGCUGGUAGAAGCACACACUGCAAGACAAACUACUUUGAGUCGUAUCUGCGCUGAGGUCUUUGUAAUGGAGCUCAUUUCAGUGUUCCUGCACUUGAUCUCGAGUCACUUCGUACUUAUUGCUUUGGGUAUUGUAUAUUUAAUUCUUAUACAGGCCAGUCUAAUGUAACUCAUAAUGUGAAUUCCUGAACUCCCAGUUCAUGCUCCUUGUUGCCAACCAAAGACUGCCCCUGAGUUUAAAUCCCUUUUGAAUCCCUUUUGUUCAAAUUUGGGCUUUUUACAACAGUACUUCAGUUUAAUUUCAGGAACUGAGUAGGUCAGUUCAGUUAGUUAGAGCUGGUAUAUUUUUGUUAAUUCCGAUAUGGUAGGAUAAAAUUGAUAUUCCCCUCCCCCUGGCCUACAGAUGUACAGAUACCCUCUUUGAUAACGCUGUCCAACCUCUUGGCAUGAUUCACACAACCAUAUCUGUAAUGUCUAGAUUUGACAGAUGUGUCCUGCAAGUGUCACCUGUACACUGCUUUCAUGCCACAUGUAGUCUAAUUUCUCUCAAGUAAACGUGUAAGGGUAGAAGAGAAAUUGGGGUCAUGCCAUUUUGACAACUUUCAGCCUGUCUCUUAUUGGCAUCACAGCUGGUAACAAAGCUUCAAUCAAAAAGUCAGCCUGUGCCAAAACAUGCAUUUUGAGCCUGUGGUCUGUAGCCGUGUACCUACUUCUGAAAAACUAGUUGGCUGAAUGAUAGAUCCUUAUCUGCCAAUAGCAUUGUGUUUGUAUGUAUCUAAAUGGUGGAUGAACAUUUUUAAUUAAUCUGGUCCAAAGUCUAAAUGUUUACACUGUGCCAUGGGAACUGGGCACCUCAAAAAAUCAUUUUUCAGUAUAUUAUUAGUUAUAAAUUAAAUUGUUUUUUUUUCCCAUUUGCUUGUGUGUGUCAGCAGAUAUAUCAGAAUAUCACACAAAACACUCCAAGGGCCAGACUAAUGGCUUGGUCGAAGAUCUCUUUAAUCUUUUAUUAUAAACUGACCACAGUCUGCAUUUUGAGUUUUGGGCAGAAAUAGCCAUCAUGAAUAGCAGAAUUGUGAUUUCUGAUUUGUAGGUGGGUCAGUGUUUUUGUUUAAUUCCUCCCAAGGGGACAUGAGUUUGGGGCAAAAAACAUCAGGAGUUUGAAUAAUUGCCUUAUAAAAGCAGUGAAUGAAAUGGUCUCUUUGCCCUCAGCGUGAUUCUGCAUGAAAUGAACCUGACAUUGUGUAAUACCAUGACAUGCUUGAGAAGGACUGGCGUCUAUCUGGGGGAAGGUCCAGUAACGUUACUUAACUGUACUUGCAAGCAUAAACACCAAAACAGCCAAAAACACUAAUAAAUUCAAAACUGGCAAAUUU